AUGGAGAACAGGAAAGGUGAACAUCAUAUAAAAGAAGCCACCAGUUGCUACUCCCAGAUCCUCUGGCAGGUCUUCCACCUCUCUGACUCAGAGGCCAGCAGAGCUGCCUGGCCAGAGAGGGUGCUUGAUCAGCUCCUAAGCAGCCUGUGGAGUGAGCUACAAGUGCUGGAGAGGACAAGAGAGCAGGACCAGUCCUGUCCACUGCCUUUUGCCCUGGCCAUCCGUACCUACUUCCGAGGGUUCUUCCUCUAUCUGGAGGGAAAGGCACACAGCCCUUGCUCCUGGGAGAUUGUCAGAGUAGAAAUCCAAGCGGCCCUUUCAGCAUUCCCACUGUCUGGGAGAAGGAGCCCAAGAAGAGGAGAAGCUCCCUGCAGAAGGAAUCUCUGCCCUCAUGACAGCAUGCUCUCUUUCUCAAUUCAAAGCAGACACACAGAUUCGGAUUCGGCACCAGACGAAAUGGGUCUGCAUCGAAAAAGAAGACGGACUCUUGAUUUCUUGCCCUGCUGGGCCUGCAGGAAUCUUACUGUAUAUCAUCCACUGUGA